GUAAAAGGCGCAUGUGAAUAGGUCCGAGGGGGCCCCGUGCAUGCGGAUGGGAGCGCGUGGCUCCUCCCAUGCACCUGAUGGGGGAGUAUUUACGGCUCCAUACAGCUACUCGCCGCACUGUUCCCAAAGAGCGCAGCGCGCACCAUGACUCUCCUCUGGACUUAAAGGAUAAGGAGCUCCGUCUUCUUCACACCGAGACUCGCCUCUGUCUUUUCCGCGAAGAAACCAAAAAAAGUUGGCAAAAGUUGCCCACUCGUUUUUUGUCUUUUUUUUUUUUCUUUCCAAGAUGCCACGCUCGUUUCUGGUCAAGAAACACAUAAACUCCGCAAAGAAGCCCAAUUAUAGCGAACUGGAGAGCCCGACAGUGUUCUUCACGCCGCACAUCUACAGGGGCAUCCCCCUGCCCGUCAUCCCCCAGCCGGAGACCCUGAGCCCGGCGGCGUACAGCCCCAUCACCGUGUGGACCACCAGCAGCCUGCCGCUGUCCCCGCUCCCCAGCGACCUCUCCCCCAUCUCCGGCUACCCGUCGUCGCUCUCCGACGCCUCGUCCAAGGACCACAGCGGCUCCGAGAGCCCGCGGAGCGAUGAGGACGAGCGGAUGCUGCCCAAGCUGACGGACCCUCACGGCGCGGAGGCGGAGAAGUUCCAGUGCGGCUUGUGCAGCAAGUCGUACUCCACCUACUCGGGGCUGCUGAAGCACAAGCAGCUGCACUGCGACGCCCAGACGAGGAAGUCCUUCAGCUGCAAAUACUGCGAGAAGGAGUACGUGAGCCUGGGGGCCCUCAAGAUGCACAUCAGGACUCACACGUUGCCUUGCGUUUGCAAGAUAUGCGGGAAAGCUUUCUCCAGACCGUGGCUGCUCCAGGGACACAUCAGGACGCACACCGGAGAGAAGCCGUUCUCCUGCCCUCACUGCAACAGGGCCUUUGCGGACCGCUCCAAUCUCAGGGCCCACCUGCAGACCCAUUCGGAUGUGAAAAAGUACCAAUGCAAGAGCUGCUCCAAAACCUUCUCCAGGAUGUCUCUUCUUCACAAGCAUGAGGAAUCUGGUUGUUGUGUAGCACACUGAACUGGGAUACUUUCUUUUUUUUUUUUUCUCCCACCAAGCCCGGAGGAAAAAAAAAGAAAAAAACUCUUGUUGCUUCAUUUAUUUUUUUUUCCCCAGGAGAACUGUGAGGGGAUCACAGCGAAGGGUGUUUGUUCCCGAGUAUGCAGACUUCUUCCUUCUUUUUUUUUUUUUUGUUUGUUUUUUUUCGAGCGGUCCACAUUUCAUUUCAGAGUGAGAAAUAGCUCUGAGCUCACGUGCUUCCUCUCGAGCUCCGUCGUGUCAUGUACUUACCUACCUGUGCUAUUCAUGCACUUUCCCCCCCCUCCCCCCCGCCCUGCAUGUCUAGAAUGUUUUUAAUGUGUCCUUACGAUGUCAUCUUCAGUGUUCUGUACGAUUAUCGAUGGCUGUCAUGCAGUCCCUCCACUUUUUUUUUUUCUUCUCACCAACGAUACCAAACGGCGCAUUAUGAAUGACAGUACACGUGUAUAAGGAAUACUGAAGCCAUUGUUACUUAGGGAACAAGUGCAAACUUAAGUUUUUAGGGUGAAAUAUUAUUACUUUUGCACAGUCAUUAGAAACAAAAGUUUGCCAGCACUCAAAUAGCAGAACAAACCUUCUCAAGUGCCUCAGCUUUUCUUGGCAAUAAUAUGUAUUAUUCAACAGUUUCCUGUUAUAUUUUUAUAUAUUGAAUGUAAGCGUGACUGAGAUGAUUGUAUAUGUACAGUGAAAACUGUGACGCUGAAUGACUUUUGAUAUUUUCAUA